ACAAAGUCUAUAUUGAUUUCCAUUCCAUAAAUAAUUAAGAGAGGGUAGAAAUAUCUGCCCUUCAUUUAAUUAUUGAAUGUUUCACUAUGUAUUUAAAAAGUGAUUCAGGAUUAGGAUGGAUAACAAUACCAGGUGUAGCUGAUGUUCUCAAAUAUUCUUGCAUUGUUUGCUGGUCUUCCAGGGAAAAGAAUAAUGUGGAACAGGAGCUUAAGGAGAAAGAAGAUACUAUUAAACAGAGGACAAGUGAGGUUCAGGAUCUUCAAGAUGAAGUUCAAAGGGAGAAUGUUAACCUCCAAAAACUACAGGCCCAGAAGCAGCAAGUGCAGGAAAUCCUCGAUGAACUGGAUGAGCAGAAAGCCCAGCUAGAGGAGCAACUCAAAGAAGUUAGAAAGAAAUGUGCUGAGGAGGCCCAGUUGAUCUCAUCUUUGAAAGCUGAAAUAACUAGUCAGGAAUCACAGAUCUCUACUUAUGAGGAAGAACUGGCCAAAGCUAGAGAAGAGCUGAGCCGCCUCCAACAAGAAACGGCUGAAUUGGAGGAGAGUGUGGAGUCAGGAAAGGCUCAGCUGGAACCUCUUCAACAGCACCUGCAAGAUUCACAGCAGGAAAUCAGUUCAAUGCAAAUGAAGCUGAUGGAAAUGAAAGAUCUGGAAAAUCAUAAUAAUCAAUUGAAUUGGUGCAGUAGCCCACACAGUGUUCUUGUAAAUGGUGCAACAGAUUAUUGUAGCCUCAGCACCAGCAGCAGCGAAGCAGCCAACCUUAAUGAACCUGUUGAAGGCCAAAGCAACCUCGAGUCUGAGCCCAUACACCAGGAAUCGCCAGCAAGAAGUACUCCUGAAAUACCACCUUCUGAUGUGACUGAUGAAAAUGAAGUUGUGACUGCAGCUGUUAAUGAAAAAGUUUGUCCUGAAGUUGAUAAUGACAGACAUGCAAAAGAGGAAGAUCCGUUUAAUGUAGAAUCAAGUUCAUUGACAGAUCCAGUUGCAGAUACAAACUUGGAUUUUUUCCAGUCCGAUCCUUUUGUUGGCAGUGAUCCUUUCAAGGACGAUCCUUUUGGGAAAAUUGACCCAUUUGGUGGUGAUCCUUUCAAAGGUUCAGAUCCAUUUGCAUCUGACUGUUUCUUCAAGCAAUCUUCUACUGACCCUUUUGCCACUUCAGGUACUGACCCUUUCAGUACACCCAGCAACAGCAAUAAUGAAUUGGUAGAAACAUUGAAGCACAAUGAUCCCUUUGCUCCUGGUGGAACAGUUGUUAUUGCAGCAAGUGAUUCAGCAACAGACCCCUUUGCUUCUGUUUUUGGAAAUGAAUCCUUUGGAGAUGGAUUUGCUGACUUCAGCACAUUGUCAAAGGUCAACAAUGAAGACCCUUUUAGUUUACCUACAUCAAGCUCUGUCAGCAGUGUGGUCAUUCCAAAAAAUGCAUUUGAGGAAACAUCAGUCAAGAAUGAAGAUGUACCCCCAGCACUGCCACCAAAGACUGGAACUCCAACGAGACCCUGCCCACCACCACCUGGGAAAAGACCCACCAACAAAUUGGAUUCUUCUGAUCCCUUUAAAGUGAAUGAUCCAUUUCAGCCUUUCCCAGGCAGUGAUAGCCCCAAAGAAAAAGAUCCUGAUAUGUUUUGUGAUCCAUUCACUUCUUCUACUUCUACUACUGCCAAUAAAGAGGCUGACCCAAGCAAUUUUGCUAACUUCAGUGCUUAUCCCUCUGAAGAAGACAUGAUUGAAUGGGCCAAGAGGGAGAGCGAGAGAGAGGAAGAGCAGAGGCUUGCCCGACUGAACCAGCAAGAACAAGAAGACUUAGAACUGGCUAUUGCACUUAGCAAAUCUGAGAUAUCAGAAGCAUGAAGAAUUCUCUUGUCCUUUGUCAAAAAUACAAUAUUCUUCUUCCUGAAUGUUAAAGCUAUUUACCGUGUGUAUCAAAACUACCUAUGAGCAUGGAAACACAAAGGGUUUAAGAUUCCUGUAAAUGUGACAAAGUCUAGGGGUUUUUGUUUUGUUUUGUUUUUUAAGAACUCUGUUUCACAUUUGUCUCUUAUUUUUUCCUCAAAAAGCAGUCAGAUGAGACAGUGUCACAGGCUCCUGUCUGGUGUGCAUUUACUGUGAGCUUCUGCCUGCCUUUGCUACAUCACUGUACCUAGAGCACCCAAGCUUCUGUGUUCACCCUGUGCCACCCUUGACCUGUAGUCAUUCUGGGGAGCCAAUGGGGUUCUUCUAGUUCGCAGUAUUCUCCCCUGCUCUGAAUGGUUGAAGGAGGGGAAGGGAAGAACCUAUUUCUUUUAUGAUUGGUAUAAAUUGGCUAGUUUAAAGUGCAUCUUUAAAUUUCCUUAUAGUAAAAUACUAUUUAAUUUGUUUUUUAGAGACAAGGAAAAAUAUUUUGCAUAGAUCAACUCCGCUGUUGAAAAAGGGCUGCUUUGGGUUGAACCAUUUUAAUUUGAGAGUCAAAUUUUUCCUAAAUAAAAAUGUUAAAGUUUCAUGUGUGAAAUAUAUUUUUAAAAACAAUUUUCUCUGGAUUUGAAGAAUCUUAGAUCAACAAGUAUGUUGCUAAUUAACAAAAUCAAUGUCUUACAAAUAAGAUUUGUAAGAAAAUGUUCAUAUUAAGUGCCACAGAGAAACUUUAUCACAAUAUUAAAAUACACUCAUUAACCAAAACUCCUAACAUGCAGCCAUUUCUACCUUUGCUUUGGCAUUGUCCUCUUUAAUUCAUGAUAGGUUUAUUCAUAUACUUUUGUAAAAGAACCUUUAGCAAGGUAGAACUGGAAGGUACUUUAAUUUUUCUUCUUUUGUUUUAUUUCUUGUUUAACGAAGGCCCAACUACUUGAAAUAUAAAAACUCACUGAAUAUAAAUGGAAAAGUGACAUGUAUUAUAUCAUAUCGCUUUUUGUUCAUUUUUUUGGUUUAGUGUAUUUACUCUCCCUGAUUUUCAUCUAUAAAAUUGACAUGCUAGCAAAAAAAUGCAACUGGGAAAGAAAAGAGCCGCCAAAAUAUCAAAAUUUUUCAUGUGUUAAAAGCCCAUUAGCAGACAAGCCCAGACCAAGCAGAAAGUUGAAUUUGAGAGACGGUGAAGUAGUCUGUAAUUGUACUCUACUUUUAAGCAUGUGUGACUGACUUUACGGGAUUUAUUAAAUACCAGGAUAUUGAAAAGUGCACCUGAAAACUAAAGUUCUCUGGGGUCACAAGUCGAGGUGGUAUUGAUCAAUAUUAACAAACUAAGUUAUUACCUAGUCUAUAAAUAAAUUCAUCUAAUUUCAUCUUGAAAUGGUGCUUUUUUUCUUUUACACACAAUUGGAAAGCUGGCAUUUAAAACAAACCACUUUCUUGCACUGCUAAUAACUUUUCUACUUUUGUAAAUAGAAACAUUGCAGCCUAAAAAAAUCAAAUAUAUGAAUCAAAGGCUGAAUCAUAAUCACAAGGCUUUAAUUUUGAUAAACUAAUUCAGUGACUAAGGAUUUACUGCAAACAUUGAUUGAGAAAGUAGCAUUGGGAGUUGUGGUAGGUUGAAUUUUCUGGGAGAUUUUUUUCCUUCCCCUUACUCUUCAGGAAAAAGGUAAGUUGACUUGAACAACCUUCUUUUGCACUGGGAAAAUGAACAAAUGUUUGAAAUGCUUUUAAAAAUAUUUUUUUAAUUAAAAAACACUCUGGAAAAUAUUAAGUGUCUGUAACUUAUAAACACCAACUUCUGAUGUAAUACGUGUACCCUAAUCUUAAUGUAUGCUUAACUGGAUUAUAGAUUCUUAUCUUUUGUUAAAAUAUGUAUACUCAGUGGACCAAUAUAAUAUUAUGUAUAUAUUAUAUAAAUAUAUAUUCUCCAUGCUUGCUUGUGUAGGAUGAAUGUCUUAGAGUCAGUUGUGGUAUUUUCUGUUGACCCUGGCUUGAAAGCCUGCGCUUGAAAAGGACAGAUACCAUUGCCAAAAGCUAAAUGGCACUACUUUGAGAGUUUUAACCAUCUUCUAUACACCAGUUCAGCUUUACUUGGGCUUUCUUUAUAGAAUUUUCUCUUACCUUUCAAACUUCUAAAUUGUAGGUUGUAAUUAUGAAAAUAAUAAACUUUAAGUAAUAAUAAAGCAUCCUAUCCACAUAUCCGGCCAACACUGGAGUUUUUCAGUCCUCUGUGUCUGUACUAUACAAGGAGGAAUGGGUGUGCAAUCACACAAUGUGUGUAAAAUGUGUGGGACAGUACCUGGUAUAGAAUAAAUAAUACAUG